UUCAUCUUGUUGGUCCAUUCGUGCCGUAAUUGGAGAAAAAGAGCGUCUCCGUGACUUACACAGCUCAGAACUUCAGUAUCGUUAUCCGUCACAAUUCAACAUUCUUGCCCAAAACCAACUUCAGAUUUUUCUUUUCGCUGGAGAAUGAAUGGAGUUGGAUUUUAAUGCUGUAGAGGUUGCUGGAUGAAUUGCAGAAGGAGAGCACUGAAGAUACCAUGAGUGUGUUUGUUGCAACUGCAUCUUGCCUGUGUUGGAUUCCUGUUUACAUCAACGGGUUAUUGUUGCUGUCGUUGUGAUUCCUAGUAACUCACCGUAUCAAAGGAUAUGGAACUGCUUUCAUCCAGUGCAUCUUUGGUUUUGUGAUAUUUGUGUACUUUUCUCAAAAAUUGAUUAUUAUUUUCCCUCAAACAAUAAUGGAAGCAACAAAGGUUCUUUCACACUCCAAAAUUGCCCCCUUUGGUUUCUCUAUUGUGAGCAACAAAGUGUCUCUGAGACCUUUCAACAAACAUUUUCGUGUCGAUGUACUUGCUAACCGACCCAAGAACAUUAGUUUUCAAUUGAAUUGUACCCAUGGAAACCCUUUUUCCUCUGUGCCUAAACCAGCAAGAAAAAGGGCUGAUUUGUUGCCUCCUCUCAGUUGCUCGAUUUCUAGCAAUGCCAGCACUGAAUCUGAAAAUCCAGUCCUAGAGUUCUUCGGAAGUCUAUCAUUUGAUUCAAUAAAAGCUACUCUUCUGCAGUUGACUCCAAUUAAAGUUGUGAAGUGGUCUGGGUUAUUGUGCAUCAUAAUUGCAGCCACAAAAUGGACAAUGAAUAUGCUUUUCAGUCCCUUCUUUUGGAUGUAUUUUAGCUGGACUUGGUUGUUCUGGCCAUGGUGGGUGGCCAUAGCGCUUGCAGUUUAUGGGUUAUAUUGUUUUCGGAGACAUCUGCUUGGUGAGGCAAACAUAUUUGAGCAACUGGCAAUUGUUACAUCUGUUUUUACAUGGCUCACUCUUGUUCCUCCUGGUCACUUCAAUGGCUACCUUGAAGGCUGGCCUUUUGUUUUCUUUUUUGUGUAUCAUUAUUUCUUUUUCUUCAAUGUUAGCAUUAGAAAGCGGUUAUAUGGAGAUUUUUAUGCUCGGCCUCAUGACCCAAAAUGGGACAUUAAUGUGCCAACCAUGUCUCGCCUACUGUUCAGUGCAGGGGUCAUGGUUGGCCAUUGGCUUGCAGCAUUUGAAGGGCCGGAGCUUCACCUCAUUCCCGGUGGGUGGAGCAAUCUUGGAAUCUGGGCUUUAAUCAUCACAACCUUACUAAUGCAAUAUAAUGCAACGUUGUAUCUUGCCAAGUAUUCAGAAAAUGUGGUGGAGCCAAGUGCCGUGGUGCAAUUUGGACCUUAUCGUUGGGUUCGUCAUCCGAUAUAUUCAUCAACAAUGCUUUUGUUUGUAACAUACUGCAUUGCGCUACGAGCACCUCUUAGUCUGCUAUUUAUUGUAGCAGUAUGCUUGUUGUAUUAUAAGCAGAAGGCAGAGAUGGAAGAGGCUUUGAUGGUUGAGACUUUUGGCCAGAGUUACACAGACUAUGCAAGCAAAGUAAAGUUCAAGCUUAUACCAUUUAUUUAUUAGUUGAUCUCCCGAAGUUUAGUCAGUCAUCAAAAUCUGAUUAUAGUGUCAAGUUUAGGCAAAAGAGUGUCAAUUCUCAAAAUCCAAGUGUAUUUCUUUGUCUCCUCUUUUCUUUUUUAUCUUGGUGUUUUUAACUUGCCUUAGGUUUCCAUUGAUGUUCUGUUCAGCACGUUGCAAACUUUGGCUGUAUAUUUGUCUAUCUUGAGC